GUGGGGACGAGGAAGAAGGAUGUGAAGCAGUGUUUGAAGCAGUGUCAAACAUGGCUGCGAAAGGUGAUCCGCUGAGAGCGUUGAAGGGUUUAAGCGGCAUGAGAAGACGCAGACUCGUGAUUUUGUUGCUGUUGGGCUUGUGUCUUCAGCCUGUGCAAGGUUACCUGAGCUCGGAGCAGCACAUCACUAACUAUGCUCAGGACGUCCCGCAGGCCCACGUCACAGCCACGCCCGCUGCUGCGGCUGUUAAGGGUGAGGCAGCCGGUCCCAUCCAGGAAAAGGUUCAGAUGACCGGCACAACCAGCUACUCUUCCAAGUGUCCGAGCAGAGGGCUCUGCUCCAAGCUGCCUCCAGUCUGCCUGUCCUGCAACACCAGCACCUCCUGCAGAUACGGCAAGCCUGCCACGUUCCAGUGCAGCGUCAAGCCAGCUGUGGACUGCGUGGAUGAGUCAGGACAGCCACAGAAGACAUUCCCUUUUCUGAUGAAGUGCCAGUUCUGCUGGCAGCUGCCCCCCUCUCAGUACAGGUGUAGCGAGUCUACCAGCUGCAUGACCGUCUCCUGCCCCCGCAAGCGCUACAACGCCACCUGCAGUGUGCUGGACCACGUCCACUGCCUGGGGAACCGGGAAUUCCACAAAAUGCUUUACUGCAACUGGACAGGGGGUUACAAGUGGUCAACCGCACUGGCUCUAAGCAUCACUCUGGGUGGGUUUGGUGCUGAUCGCUUCUACCUGGGUCAGUGGAGGGAGGGUCUGGGGAAGCUAUUCAGUUUCGGAGGUCUGGGGAUCUGGACUCUGAUCGACGUGCUGCUCAUUGGAGUAGGCUACGUGGGGCCGGCCGAUGGUUCCCUCUACAUCUGAGCCAAUGAGGGAACCAAGGAGCCAACUGCAGUGACUACCUCCAAACUGCCACCUUUUUCUACUUGACUUGGUUUAUUUUAUAGUUUUAAAUUAAUCUUGCAUGAUGUGAAGAAAAACAUAAUCAUGGACUUUUUCGCUACCUAAAAUGCUUUUCUUAAGUUGAUUAUUAUUUCAAAACCUGGAAUAUUUUUCUCAAUCUUAAAAUGAGAGCUGGGGGAGGAAGACAAGGCCACAAUUAGAUGGACUGUUCAUGCUGCAGUUUCCCCCUGCUGUUCUAUGGAACACUGUCUUUGCAGUCCUCCAGUCUUGUAAAUAUUUGUAAAGUAUGUAUAUAAUCCAGUGUAUCGGGUUGGACCCAAGUGCAAUCUAAAAGAGGUAUGGGAGGCUAGGAGUGUAUGAUAAAAGUUUUUGUCAUAUACAAACUGUCACAAUUUGUAACAAUUCAGGUCAGUUGUUAUGGUUACCAUGUAGAGUGUGUGAUAGGUAGAUGUGAUCAGUACAUAAGAUGCAUAUUUGAAUCGGAACCAUCAGUAUGUAUUUAUAACCUGGAAUAGUGAGCUGUUGGAAAGCUUUGUAAAGUACUUCUGUUUAACACUGCUCUUGGGUACUCUAAACUGAAUACGUUUCACUUGAAAGAAAGAAACUUCAUCGUGAUCAGAUAAAGCAUCAUGCAACUUUUGAUUUAGUUUAUAGCAUCUUAAACCAGGUAUAGAGAAUAUACAAGCCCAUAUUGCCCAUAUUGCCCGUAUUGCAAGACUCGGUGAAGCAAUAUUUAAUACAAUUUGUACUUGUCUUUUGAGAAUAAUUUUGGACAGUUUCUGUGAAAUGUAUUGAAAUAAAAAGUACUGCUUA